AUGAAGCCAGUCAGCAACGCCUAUGCUGAAAUUUCCACUGAAAUGACACGGUCAGGACGAAGACUUCUCGAAAAAGACAUUGCAAGAAUUAUGAGUCUUGCUCUUGAAAAAGCAGCUACACCAAAAAAUAUCAAAGCUGGAUUCAGAGCAACUGGAAUAUGUCCUUUUAACAGGGACAUAUUUUCUGCAGCUGAUUUUGCUCCAGCAGAGUUGUCUGAGCGACCAAAUCCAGCUGCUGAGACUUUGAGCCGGUCAAUGAGCAGUUUGUCAGUUGAUGAAAACCCUCGUUUAAGUCAGCAAUCACUCAACGACAACCAUCAAUCAACAUCAGCAAUACCAAACAGUCCACUCACUCAACGACAACCAUCAAUCCAUCAACAAUCAUCAAUUCACUCACAACAAUCAACAACUCACUCAAAACAAUCAUCAACUCAUCCACAAUCAUCAACAACUCACUCAAAACAAUCAUCAACUCAUCCACAAUCAACAACUCUCUCACAACAUUCAUCAACUCAUCCACAAUCAUCAACAACUCACUCAAAACAAUCAUCAACUCAUCCACAAUCAACAACUCUCUCACAACAUUCAUCAACUCACCCACAAUCAUCAACUCAACAACGACAAACUAGACAAAAAUCAUCAACUGACAAACGACAAGCAUCUGCAACACCAUCAACAUCAACAUCAACUGGUACAUCAACUGGUAUAUCAACUGGUACAUCAACUGGUACAUCAACUGGUACAUCAACUGGUACAUCAAACCGUCCAUUGUUUUGGUCAGGUCGUCCAUCAUAUUAUGAUGAUUCUGAUGAUGAAAGUACACCAAAUAAUAAAAGGAGACUAACACUUUCAUUAUCAGAGAAAUACCAUUGGAAAAAACAAAAAUUAAAUAUUUCUAUGGACGACACUGAUCAAACUGGAGUUGGCCUGGCAAGUCGUGAGAGGAGAAGUCGACCUCAAGGCAAGACUGUACUUGUCACAUCAGCAGAUAUUAAUAGUUCAAAAGUGAAAUAA